GGCUAAGAAGCAUUAAUUAUAAAGGACUGAACUAAAAAGCUCAUGUAAGAGAAGAGAGUAAAAAGAAAGAAGAGAGGAACAGCCGCAAAGAAACCUCUCUUCUUUGAAUCUCUCUAAUACAGACGUUUGUACAAGAAUCCUCUUUUCUUCUCAUUUCGGCAUUUCCCUCGUACCUUUGUUUAUUGAGAGAAUUAAUUUAAUAUUUGAGACGUUUACCAUGAGCAGUCUUCGUGUUAAUUCAUUUCAUGAUUUUGUUCCUCCUUCAACCUCAGAACAAUCGUAUGAUGAUUCAGCUUUAGAAGGCGUUGCUGCCAAUUUUAAGUUAUUGCUAAAGCUAAUUCAAGAUCACAAAGAUGCUUGUAACAAAGGUAGCACCGAUGGCCUGAGAAUGUUGAGGGUGGCGACGAUGAUGACCAUUCUGGAUAAUGUUAGGACACGAAUUCAGAAAUGUCAAUCCUCUGGUGACAAGAGAUCGUUAGAAUGUAAACUAAGGCGUUGUUACACCGAUAUUAAGCUUACUAGCAAUGUGCCUAAGGACAAGAAGCAGCACGAGCCAAUGAUCGAUGAAAAAGAAAGAUUAAAGAGUCAGCUUAACGCGAGCUUGGUAGCACGGAAGAGCCUCGAGGUCAUGUGUUCAAGUUUAGGAAAAGAGAAAGAAAUUAUGGCAGCAGAGUUAUCAAAGAGUGUGCAUGAAUUGAAUGAAAUGGAGGAUCUUAUAAAUGAAUUAAGAGAGAAGAAUGAGUGUUUAGUGGAAAGAUUACAUGGAUGUGGCAUAGAGCAAAAAGAUAGGAACUAUAAUAGCAAUGGAGGAAAACAAGGGAAUGUUGCCAUUCAAGACAGGAAUAGGGCACUUUCUGAGCAACUACUCAGGUUACUUGAUGGAUAUCAAUCCAUGAAGAGGAAUUGGAAGAAUGCGUAUGAGGAUAACACAGCGAUGCGUUCAACCUUCGAGGAAAUAGGAGCUAAAAUUGAAUCCGGGCUCAACAGAAUCCACCGGUUAAGAGAGCGAAUCGCGUCGGAGAACAUGUCCUUGGUUGAUGUCCAAGAGGAGAUUGUAGAAUUGGAGCAUACGUUUGAAAGCUUUGAGAUGCUUGUUGCAAAACAUGGUCAAACGGAAUGUAUCAAAUCAAAAAGAGAGAUCAAUGGUGACAACUCUUCGGUUCUUGCUUGAAAAACUAGGGUAACAUAGAAUUUAGCAGACAGAACGAUCCAGAGUUCAAAUUUUGUUAUUCCAUUUUGAUGGAAAAUGGAAACCAACAAAAAUUAACUUUUUGUUACUCCUUCCGUUCCAGUUUAUGUAAACAUAUUUCCUUUUUGGUCCGUUUUAAAAAGAAUGACUCCUUUCUAUAUUUGGAAACAAUUUAGUUUAAACUCACAAUUCUACUCUGAUCAAAAGGUUUUAUAACCACACAAAUACUUUGGACCCCCCUUUUGACUUGUUUAAGACCACAAAUUUCAAAAGUUUUCAUUUUUUCUUAAACUCCGGGCCCAAUCAAAUAGAUUCACGUAAAUUGAAACGGAGGGAGUAAAAAUUAUUAUAAUGAAAGGAAUCAUGUAUAUUUUAUAAAAUGACUAUAAUACUGUAGAAUUUUGCUUUCAGUUCUGUAUUGUGCAGUAUCUGUUUUCCUGACUUAUGUGGGAAGCUAAAUGCUAAAGAUCUAGUGCCGGCCACCACCAGUCAAUGCCAUCAAUAAUUUGGAUUCAGUAUAUCAACUUUUAAGUUCUAUGUUAAUAUGGAAACACACAUUGAUA